AUGGGGCUGGCAGACACUGGCAAUUCAGGUAGCUGCAGCCUCUCCCACACGACGUCUAAUUGCUCCUCAGCCUCCGUCAAGAGCUGCCCCCAGUCCUCCUCUGUCUGCUCCAGCAGCACGAGCUGCCGGCUGGAGUUGUGCCUGGGUUACGUCUGCCAGCCCGGGAUGUGCGUGCCCUCUGUCUGCGCGCCCACCCCCUACCGGCCAGCCACCUGCCUCUCUAAGGCCCACCUAGCCAGCUCCUGCCAGCCCAGCAGCUGCCGCCCGACCAGCAGAAUCUCCAGCUCCAUGGGUUCCUACAGCCUGUACUUUGAGGGCUCCUUCAAUGGCAACGAGAAGGAGACCGUGCAGUUCCUGAACAACCACCUGGCCAGCUACCUGGAGAGGGUGCAGCGGCUGGAACGAGACAACGCACAGCUGGAGAGCCGCAUCCGAGACGCCUCCCAGUCUCAAGCGCCUGCCUUGAGUCCUGACUAGCAGUCUUAUUUCAAGACCAUGGAGGAGCUCUAGCGGAAGGUUCUGUACACCAAGGCAGAGAACGCCAGGAUGAUCGUGAACGUCGACAAUGCCAAGCUGGCUGCCAAUGACUUCAGGACCAAGUACGAGAUGGAGCUGGCCAUGCGGCAGCUGGUGGAGGCCGACGCCAGUAGCCUGUGCAGGGUGCUGGAUGAGCUGACCCUGUGCAAGGCCGACCUGGAGACGCAGGUGGAGUCCCUGAAGGAGGAGCUGAUGUGUCUCGAGUAGAACCACGAGGAGGAAGUCGAUGCCCUCCGAUGCCAGCUUGGGGACCGCCUUAACGUUGAAGUGGACGCCGCAACCCCCGUGGACCUGAGCAGGGUUCUGGAAGAGAUGUGGUGUCAGUAUGGGGCCCUGGUGGAGAACAAUCGCAGGGACGCGGAGGGAUGGUUCACCCGGGUGGAAGAACUUAACCAGCAGGGAGCCACGAGCUCUGAGCGGCUUCAGAGCUACCAGUCAGACAUCAGUGAUCUGAGACGAACGGUCAACACGCUGGAGAUCGAGCUGCAGGCCCAACACAGCCUGAGAGACUCUCUGGAGAACACCCUGGCAGAGACGGAGGCCCGCUACAGCUCCCAGCUGGCCCAGAUGCAAUGCCUGAUCACCAGCUUGGAGGUCCAGCUGGCCGACAUCCACUGUGACCUGCAGCGGCAGAACCAGGAGUACAAGGUGCUCCUGGACGUGCGGGCCUGGCUGGAGUUCGAGAUCAACACGUACCGGGGGCUGCUGGAGAAUGACGACUGCAAGUUGCCAUGUAACCCAAGCUCCACUCCCUCCCUUCCCCCUCGUGCUCCCUCCCCCAGUGUGCCCUGCCCCCUCCCGGCGCCCCUGAAGUCCCUCAGCGCUGCUGGAUCCUGGAGGGACGCGAACUGGGUGGCUGGUGCCUCCUCAGGCCGAGCCUGA